AUGACUCACGGAUCCCUCAAGAUCGCUCUCAUUUAUGAGUUCCGCGAGGCCUACAAAGCCCUCGGUUAUUCAGAUGUGGACUGCAACAGGUUCGAGGUCGGAGAAGCUGCCGAUCACAUAGCUGCAGUUCUCAAUAAGUUGGGACAUGAGGUUGUCCUUAUCCCAGACAUCCAUUCUCUGGUUAAAAGGCUCGCAAAUGGCGAGGGUAGUAUGUGGGACUUGGCAUUCAAUACCACAGAGGGCCUACAUGGAUUAGCCCGAGAAGGUCAAGUUCCCGCAUUUUCGGAGGCCUACCAGAUCCCGUUCACGUUUUCGGAUGCGGCCACGAUGGCAUUGUGUUUGGACAAGGGCAGAACAAAGAUGGUCCUUGAGCAUUUCAAUGUCCCGACUGCCCCAUUUGCAGUGAUACACUUCAAAUAUGGAAUGUCGCAAAUCUCAUUAGAUAAGAUCCUGUCUAUGAUUCGCAUGUCUCGCCAUUCCGAAACGCUGCUGACGAAAUAUCCGUUAUUCGCAAAGCCUCUUGCCGAAGGCUCUUCCAAAGGAAUUGGAACAAGCAACAGAAUAAAGAGCAUCGAAUCCAUAUGUGAGGUGGUCAAUUCUCUCCGAGAUUCUAGCCCCUCAUCGCUUGGGGUUCUCACCGAGAAGUAUCUUCCGGGUCGAGAGUUCACUGUGGGCAUUCUGGGAACGGGCGAGGAUGCAUGGGUGGUCGGUGUCGACGAGAUAGUAUGGUGUAGCAACGAGUCAACAAAAUCUAAUCCUGAGACAGUAGAGUACACCACUGAAAAGUCGAAGUCGGCCGAGGAUUGGGCUGGAGAGGCAGACGAGAUCAAGGUCGGUCGGGAUGACCAAGAGGCCGACCUUGCAUGUCGAACAGCUCUUCGAGCAUGGACUGUUCUUGGCUGUCGCGAUGGAGGAAGAGUUGAUAUACGGAUGGAUGGCUCCUCUGGGUCGCCAGUCGCUCAUGUCAUGGAGAUCAAUCCUCUGGCCGGUCUUCUCCCACAUUGGUCACAAUUGCCCAUGAUCGCCGAACACAACAAUGUCUCGUAUGAUGAGCUUAUUGAACACAUACUGAAGAGUGCUUUGAAGAGGCGGAGGGCUCAAGUUCCGAACUGA